AUGGGAUCCCAGCUCUCUGUGGAUGCGUCUGUGCACGUGGUGAUCAUCGGAGGUGGCUUUGGUGGGAUCGCAGCUGCCAGCCAGCUCCAGUCCUGGGGUGUCCCCUACACAUUGGUGGACAUGAGAGAUUCUUUCCAUCACAAUGUGGGGGCCCUUCGGGCGUCUGUUGAAAGCGGAUUCGCCAAGAAGACGUUCAUUUCAUAUGCAAAGACCUUCAAGGAAUGCUUCCGGCAAGACCUGGUGGUUGGGCUGGACUUGGAAAAGCAGCAGGUCCUGCUUCAGGGAGGUGAGGUUCUCUCCUACUCCCAUCUCAUCCUGGCUACAGGCAGCAGCGGGCCCUUCCCAGGGAAAUUUACACAGAUUUCAAACCUGCAGUCGGCCAUUGAGGCUUACGAAGUCAUGGUGAAGCAGGUCCAGAGCUCCCAGCAUGUUGUGGUGGUGGGAGGAGGCGCAGCUGGUGUGGAGAUGGCUGCAGAACUGAAAACUGAGUAUCCUGAGAAAAAGGUCACUCUCAUUCAUUCCAAAGUACCACUGGCUGACCCAGAGCUCCUUCCUUGUGUUCGGCAGGAAGUGAAAGAGAUUCUGCUCCGGAAGGGAGUAGAGCUUCUGCUGAAUGAGCGAGUGAGCAACCUGGAGGAGCUGCCCCUCAAUGAGUAUCAUGACAGCAUCUGCCUCCGCACCAACAAGGGGACCGAGGUGGUGGCCAACCUGGUGAUCGUCUGCAGUGGGAUUAAGAUCAACUGCUCUGCAUACAGCGGCGCCUUGGGUGAUAAGAUGGCUAGCAAUGGGGCCUUAAUGGUGAACGAUCACCUGCAGGUCCAAGGAUUUAGUAACAUCUAUGCAAUUGGGGACUGUGCUGAUGUGAAGGAACCCAAGAUGGCGUACCAUGCCGGACUCCAUGCCAAUGUUGUUGUCACCAACAUUGUCAACAGCAUGCAACAGAAGCCACUCAAGACCUACAAGCCAGGUGCACUGACGUUUCUGCUGUCCAUGGGAAGAAAUGAUGGUGUGGGCCAGAUUAGUGGCUUCUAUGUGGGACGGCUCAUGGUGAGGCUUGCCAAGAGCCGGGACCUGCUCAUCUCCACAAGCUGGAAAACUAUGAAGCAGACGGCACCCUCAUAGAGAGUAAGGGGAAAGAAAAAAAGGGCCUGGUCUAUCCCAUGGGCAGUUGCUGCCGGGAGCCACAGCCGACACUGGCUUGAUGUCCCUUCUGUUUGGUGGAACCUUCCCCUUCCUCAUCUCUAAUUGACCUUCUACCCAGCUCUUAAGACGUGGGCAGUGAAUGUCAGAACCCCAGCCCCGGCGCCUUAUGGGAUUCUGGAGCUGUGCGCCUGCACGUCUCCCAAGCUGACCCAGAGGGCUUUCUGUCUUGCUGUUGGAUCCUGUUCUUGGUGAUGAAGAGGGACUUUUUUGGUGAUGCUUGUAAAACGUUCCAAGAAUCCCAGAGUGCAUCUGACGCCGAAGGAUGAAUGAAUAAGUCAGGGGGAUCCGUGCUGGUGCCCACAUCUUACCUGCCGCUGGGGAAGGGUGGGAAAGCCACGGACUUGAGCUUCUUGUCCUCGGCGGCCGACAGACAGUUCUUGAUGGUCUCCUCAAGCUGCUCUUCGCAUUUGUCUGAGCCCCACUGAGGGAUGUGACAGUGGAUGACAAAUUUGGCUGCCAGGCCACUGGACUGGCUGACGAUGGCUAAUGCACACAAGGGAAUGGGAAACAGGUUCCCGUUAUUUCUCAGGUCUUCAUCCCACACCUUGGGGAGUUACUAAAAUCAAUCAGGUACCUUAGGUGGGUAGGAGGCAAGACAUGAGUUGGCAGGGAUCCUGCUUAGAGGGCUUGGGGUGGUGCUGAUCACUGAAGUACACAUAGAUUCAGGGUUUCCUCUGAGCCGGUCCUGCUCCCACCCACCCACCCACCCAUCCAUCCACCCCAAUAUGUAAAAUAUCUUGGUUUAUACUUCUCUGUGCCCAUCUUCUCACCCAUCAAUAGAAUGUAAGGUCUCUGAGGACAGAUGCUUUCUGCCUGUGGCUGCCCCACUGAUCAAUACCAAAUAAAGUUUUUUAAAUGGAGAUUAAUGAAAUCAA